UUGACACGUCACCAACGUUUGCGCGCGCCCCAUCGAACCAGAAGAAGAGUCAAUGCCUUGAAGUAAACCCUUGGAUUGCUACCGAUCAACGUCGCGUCUCUCUCUCUUUCUCUCUCUGAUAAAGUACUCCGAUCAGUUUACGAAGAGAAUGAAAAUGCGACGCGGUGGACGGCCGUCGUUGCUGAACCUGGCGCUCCUGGUCACGUGCUGGGUCGUGGGACAAAGCCGCGCCACGGAGAUGGAGAUUGAGCUCAAGGACAACGCCGUCCAGUGCUUCUACGAGCAGAUCGAGAAAGGCCAGCGCUGUUUUUUAGAGUACCAGGUCACAAGAGGUGGAAACUUCGACGUGGACGUAGCACUCUUUGGACCUGGCGAUCGCGUCAUAUACCAGAAGCAACGAAAACAGUACGACUCUGUGGACUUUACCACGACAGAGUCCGGCGAACACUAUUUCUGCUUCAGCAACGAGUUCUCCAGUUUCACGCACAAAGUCGUGUACUUUGAUUUUGCCACGGGGAGCGAGCCUCCGAUCACGGACGAGAUCGGCAAAACCCACAAGGCCUUCACGCAGUUCGAAGUUUCCGUCAUGAAAAUUCACGAGGCGCUCACGCUCGUUCGAGACUACCAGACGCACCAUCGCUUGCGGGAGUCCAAGGGAAGGGACACGGCGGAGUACUUGAACGAACGUGUCCAGUACUGGUCGCUGGGGGAAUCGAUUCUACUGGUUGUGGUUGGACUAUGUCAGGUCUUCGUUCUGCGGCGUUUCUUUGCCAACAAGCGGAGUCAGAUUUGAAACAUCUGGCACUAUUCCAUAUGCCCACUGUGUUUCAGUGGCCACCUGGUUUUGUAUGCUAUAGGGGAUAUUGAUAGCCUCCAUUUAUCAUUAUUUUGAUCAGCAGCGUACAUAUGAUUAUGAUCAUAACUGAUGAUGCAAGCGCUCUGAAAUUGUUAAAUCAUGUGCUGACAUAAUAUAGAUCUAGAAUUAGUGAUAUAUGCAAGUCAUGUUGCUCGGGAGAAAUUCUGGCGUGUACAAGACGUCACUGCCAAUGACAACAUAGCCCUGCAUGUAUGUGGAUAAAUAAUCUCUAAACCAAAGCCCUUCAAUUAUAAUUAUAUAAAGAACAUCUCAGUUUUACCUCUCCAAGUUUGAGUGUCGUGUUAGUGAAGACUAUACCGUUGUUUGUAGGGAUGGGGACACCAGGCUGUGUGUAGU